AGAGGGGGCAGAGGAUGGGAAGCUGCUGUUGGCUGACAACAGUGAGCCCAGUGCUGGGCUUGAAUUCGUAAACCAUGUAUAUGAUCAUGACCUGAGCCGAAGUCUGACCCUCAGUUGACUGAGACACCCAGGUGCCCCAUCUUAGGCUACUGGAAAGUAUUUUGCAGUUGAUUAACAUCGCUAGAGUAUGAGGGCCACCCCCACCCCCAUUUAGCUGUGUUGGUCCUAACAGAAUGACCUUGGGAAAGUCACUUAAUUUCUUAAACCUGUUUUUCCAACUCUAAAGUGAAAUUAGUAACAGUAGCUGUUUUAUAGAGUUCUCAAGAUUAAGUUUAAAAAUGACUAUAAAGCAGCACGGUAUCUGGCAUAUAGUAAACAAAUGGUGGCUUUUACUGACAGUAGUGUAAGCCUGUUUAUCUUUUAAGGUUAAGAAAUAGAAUUCAGGCCUUUCUGGAAAUGAAGCUGUGUUAAUUCACCCAAUCCCUCUUUUAAAAACUCUGUUGUGGAAAUAAUAUACACAAGAGAGAGACCCCUCCAUUACAGUUUCAAUAAUUGUCAAAGCAGGCCUACUGGUUUCAUCUCCCUACCCGGCAUUCAUGUUUUGUUUUAGCUGGAGCAUUUGAAAGCAAAUCCAGAACAGGUAUUUCAACUGCCCAAGACAACUUCAUACCUAUAUAAUGUAACAGAAAAAGUCAGAAAACAUUAGGCAAAUAGAAGUGUGGAGCAUAUUAAGAAAGAUGAACAUCUCUGGAAGCAAUUGUGGAAGCCCUAGUUCUAUAGAUAUAUCUAAUGACUUCAAGGAACUUUGGACAAAACUAAAAGAGUAUCAUGAUAAAGAAGUACAAGGUUUACAAGUAAAAGUAACAAAACUGAAAAAGGAACGAAUUUUAGAUGCACAGAGACUAGAAGAAUUCUUCACCAAAAAUCAACUGCUGAGAGAACAACAAAAAGUCCUUCAUGAAACCAUUAAAGUUUUAGAAGAUCGAUUAAGAGCAGGAUUAUGUGAUCGCUGUGCAGUAACUGAAGAGCAUAUGCGGAAAAAACAGCAAGAGUUUGAAAAUAUCCGGCAGCAGAAUCUUAAACUUAUCACAGAGCUUAUGAAUGAAAAGAAUACUCUCCAGGAAGAAAAUAAAAAGCUUUCUGAACAGCUGCAACAGAAAAUUGAGAAUGAUCAACAGCAUCAAGCAACUGAUCUUGAAUCUGAGGAAAACGUUAUUCCAGAUUCACCAAUAACAGCCUUUUCCUUUUCUGGCAUUAACCGGCUACGAAGAAAGGAGAACCUCCAUGUCCGAUACAUAGAACACACACACACUGAGCUGGAAGAGUCUGUGUGUACAAACGAACUCAGAAAACUUCCAAAGUCUUCAAUUCAUCUACAGAAUAAACCUAAUGAAAGUGAAAUUCUGGUGGCUGACACUUGUGAUCAGAGUCAAUCCCCAGUGUCUAAAACACAUGGAACAAACCAUUGUCCUACUGAUAAGUCAUCUUUUAAUUUGGCUACAGUUGUUGCUGAAACACUUGGACUUAGUGUUCAAGAAGAAUCUGAAUCUCAGGGUCCCACGAGCCCUCUUGGUGAUGAACUCUAUCAUUGUCUAGAAGAUCACAAGAAACAACCUUUUGAGGAAUCUGUAAGAAACAAUGAAGAUACUUUAAGGUUUUCAGAUUCUAAUUCAAAGACUCCUCAGGAAGAGUUAACUACUCGGGUAUCAUCUCCUGUAUUUGGAGCUACCUCUAAUGUGAAACGCAGUUUAGGUUUGAAUACAAGUUUGUCCCCUUCUCUCUUAGAGACUGGGAAAAAAAACCUUUUGAAAACAGCACCCUUCAACAACACUUCUAAUUCUAGACUAGGAAAAACAACUUCAAAAUCUGAAGAUAGUGCCCUUUUCACACAGCAUAAUCUUGGGUCUGAAGUGAACAAGAUCAUUAGCCUGUCAUCUUCAAAUAAACAGAUGCUUAUAAAUAAAAAUAUAAAUGAACCCAAAAGUGAACAGGAUAGUUUUGAUCACAUUAAAGAUGCUGUCACUGAUAAACAUGCAGUGCCAUUGAAAUCACUGGGAGGCAGAACAUCCAAAAGGAAGAAAAUUGAGGAAGAAAGUGAAGAUGAAGGAAGCUACCCUCAGGCCUCUUUUGAUAAAGAAAAUGCUUUUCCUUUUUUACUGGAUAGUCAUUCUUCCGUGAAUGGAGACUAUGUGAUGGAUAAACCUCUGGAUCUGUCUGAUCGAUUUUCAGCUAUUCAGCGUCAGGAGAAAAGCCAAGGAAGUGAGACCUCUAAAGUCAGAUUUAGGCAAGUGACUCUCUAUGAGGCCCUGAAGCCCAUUCCCAAGGGCUCUUCCUCAAGCCGAAAGACCUUAAGUGGGAGCUGUAUAUUAACCAGAGAUUCCCCAGAGGAGCCCUGUUUACAGGCAUGCGCCCUCCAGUCCUUGGAUAAAUCAUCUCCAGAUAAUAAAACACCAUUACAAAUCAAGGAAGAAAAUCCCAUCUUUAAAAUCCCUCUACGUCCGUGUGAAAGUUUAGAGACAGACAAUCUUUUUGAUGAUGUGAAGGGAGCUGAUUCUCAUGAGCCAGUAAAAAUAGGCAGGUCAGUCCAUGGAGCAUGUGAACUUACAUCUGUUCUUCAGUUAAAUCCAUGUAGAGUUGCUAAAACAAAGUCUGUACAAAACAGUCAAGAUGUAUCCUUUGAAAAUAACCAGUGGAGCAUAGAUCCAGGAGCAGACCUUUCUCAAUAUAAAAUGGAUAUUACUGUAAUAGAUACAAAGGAUGGCAGUCAGUCACGAUUAGCAGGAGGAGAGACAGUGGACACGGACUGCACAUUGGUUAGUGAAACGGUGCUUCUAAAAAUGAAGAAGCAAGAACAAAAGGGAGAGAAAAGUCCAAAUGGAGAAAGAAAAAUGAAUGAUAGCUUGGAAGAUAUGUUUGAUCGGACAACACAUGAAGAAUAUGAAUCCUGUUUGGCAGAUAGCUUUCCCCAGGCAGCAGCUGAAGAAGAGGAAUUGUCGACUACCACAAAGAAACCAAACAACCUUUACCUAGAAUAUUCUCCACUCCUGCUUCUUGUGGCUGACUUCUUUUUAUUCAUCAGUUACUACUUUCCAUGUCCUUCCUCAGCUCAUGGUGAUAAGCAAGAUAAAGUCAAACAGAAAGCAUUUGUGGAGCCAUAUUUUAAAGAUGAUGAAAGAGAGACUAGCUUACAAAAUUUUCCUCAUAUUGAGGUAGUUCGGAAAAAAGAAGAGAGAAGAAAAUUGCUUGGACACACAUGUAAGGAAUGCGAAAUUUAUUAUGCAGAUAUUCCAGCAGAAGAAAGAGAAAAGAAGCUGGCUUCCUGCUCAAGACACCGAUUCCGCUACAUUCCACCCAACACACCAGAGAAUUUCUGGGAAGUUGGUUUUCCUUCCACUCAGACAUGUAUGGAAAGAGGUUACAUUAAGGAAGAUCUUGAUCCUUGUCCUCGUCCCAAAAGACGGCAACCUUACAAUGCAAUGUUUUCUCCAAAAGGCAAAGAGCAGAAGACAUAGAUGUUGAAGCAAAAACAGGAUGGAGGACAAUGUUUCUUUUUAGUUAUUUAUAGUCAAAGUUGGGAUUAAACAUUGAAUUUUUUUUUGAUCUUCUGUAAACUGACUUAUAAAUCGUUUUUCUAUUGAAAGUGUUUUUAAAUGGCAUUUGCCCACCACACAAACAACUAUUUAAAAUGUGGAUACGCUUAUGUUAUAUUUUCUUGCUUUUGCAUCUUUAAAACGAUAAGGUGUUUUCAUUUUGCACUCUAACUUAAGAGUUAUUUACUUUAUUUGGUAAUACCUAAUUACAGUUUUGAAAAUAUGAUAGUUGUAGUCUCUGAUUUGUUGCCUUUUAGGUCUUUUCACUCAACCUUCCCUUGAUACUUACAUUCAACAGUGGCUUUGUGCUAAUCAUUACAAAUUUUCCUUCCCUUCAUCAGUUGCUCCUCUGUAGGUCAUUCCAGUAUCUGACAUUUAAGUCUUUAAAAAAAAAAAAAAAGGCUAAAUUUUAGUAGUCCUUUUAACUUUCCAGCUUCUUUCUUUUUUUGACUUAAAAAUGAGCUCCUACUCCAUUGUGAAUUCUUUUAGAGACUCAACCACAAGUAUCAACCUUUUUUCCUUUUUCAUAUAUUAUAAAUUAACACAGUCCUCUGAUCUGAUCAUCCUAUUCCAGGUCUUCACAGUCUCUUCAUCAUACUUUUCUAAAGUUUUCAAGCUGAAUGUGUCAAGUUCUCUGCGCAUGUGUUCUAGUUCAGUUGUAUUUUUUUCUCUGGGUUGACUAAUAUUAUUAACUUCCAAUUUGGCAAUAAAACAGAUCUCUCGAUUCAGCAAAUUUCUGUUCCUCUAGGACCUAGUGUCUGAGUCAUCAAAAUGACAGGCCACAUCUGUGUCAUCCACUGUUACUGGUGGCAUUUUAUCAGUGUCUUUUUUGAGUGUCUCUCUAGUCCAUAUCUUGACAGUAUUGCUCAAGCAGGAGUACAUGAGACACUGAAUGGAAUGCCUCAAUAAAAUCUAACUGUGUAGAUAAAACUCAGAGUUCCUAAAAAUCUCUGCUUAAUCUCAUCUUCUUCAUGUGUCAAGGUUCUCAUGUGAACAAGUGACAUCAAUUUGUGUUCUCAGAGAGAGGAUCACCAAAGAAAUCACAUAUACUGAGUACCUACUAUACGUCAGACCCCUUAUGUGCAUGGUUUGGCUCUGAAUGUGAUGUGAAUUUUUUUACAACCCUGUCCUAGCUUCUAUUCAGCACUUGUCUUCCCUUCCCAAAUGGUUUAUCCUAUGUUUGAUUUUUGUUCUCUGCUGGCAGUGAACCAAUCUCUCCAAAAUAAUAGCAGCCAUUCAUUGGUAACUUGCUAUAUGCCAGAAGCUGUGUUAUACUCUUCACAUAGAUUUUUCUCUUUUAAUCCUCAAAUAAUCUUGUGAAUUUAUGUGUCGGCUUAACGUUAAGCUGCAAAAAAAUGGACCCAAAAAACAAAUUAAACAACAAGUGACUGGUUUUA